AGCACCCGUGUCGCAGAAACAAUGGACAGUUUCGUGUUCGACGACGACAGAUGAGAAAAAAUCAGUGCAAUUGUUAACGAGGCGUCAGUCGGGCUAGAAACAACAAUUGUAAAUAUAACGAGAAAGAAUGGCGUGCCUGAAGAUUUACCUUGUUCUGCUCUUGGCUGUCGCAAUCGGCGUGGCAGUUGCAAAACCAGGAUAUCUAGGAUACGGAUACGGUUACCCGUAUUCCUACGGAUAUAAGUUCCCAUUCUACGGUGGCUAUGGCCAUGGGUACGGAGGGUACGGACAUGGAUACGGACAUGGAUUUGGCUACGGAUACGGAUAUCCGUUCGGUGGUUACGGUGGUUACGGUCAUUACGGUGGCUACCAUGGUUAAGAUGGACGCAAAACAACGGCCUCCUUCUGGAUUUUUUCCGAAGUAUCCUGCAUCUGAAGAUGAGCUUAGUUCAAAGAUGAUCUAUGUCGUUUUCUCUCUAUUGUACCUUUUUUGUCGCCAUGUUCGAUCCGACGCCGCGAAGAACCUACCUAUCUAUGUAAUGCUUGUGUCAAAUCAUGCACGCAAUAUGUCUACGAAAAAUUCUAAAAAUUCAACAAAAGUAAGAACAAAAUUUCUCAAAGAAAUUAUAAAACCACAGUGUGUUGCAAAAUGUAUUCCUAUAUAAUAAAUAUAAUAUUAUCAAGUAUAAAUAUAUAUAUUACAAAAAAAAAAAAAAAUUCUGCAUUAAAAAUAUUAAAUCUUACUAAUGUCGUUUUCAGAAAAAUGAUUUAUCAGCAAUUGUUAUUGUCACAACUUUAAUAUUACUGAUAAGCAAAAUGAAUAAAUGAUAAAAUAACUCAA